AUGGAAAAGGUUGGCAAAAUCCCAAGAGAAAAGGUGGACCUGAUUGAGAGAGAAAAGAGGAAGACAGAAAAGCGACUCCCCAGCGUCUCUUUUGUCCCUGCCUCUGUGCCUUGCAUCUCUUCUUCCAUCCUUGGCAAUAGAGAGAAAGAGAAGAAUCAAUCGAAAGAUAAAUUUGGUGGUGAUGAAGAUUCGGGUUAUAGGUUUGGGUGA